GUUUCCUACUUUGAGAUCUAUUUGGACAAAAUCAGGGACCUGCUUGAUGUGUCCAAGACAAACCUUGCUGUACAUGAAGAUAAAAACAGAGUCCCCUAUGUUAAGGGCUGCACAGAGAGGUUUGUGUCCAGCCCUGAGGAAGUUCUGGACGUCAUCGACGAGGGGAAGGCCAACAGGCACGUGGCUGUGACAAACAUGAACGAGCACAGCUCGAGGAGCCACAGCAUCUUCCUCAUCAACAUCAAGCAGGAGAACGUGGAAACGGAGAAGAAGCUCAGUGGGAAGCUCUACCUGGUGGACUUGGCUGGCAGUGAGAAGGUCAGCAAAACUGGAGCAGAGGGGGCAGUUCUGGAUGAAGCUAAAAAUAUCAAUAAGUCUUUGUCUGCUCUGGGCAAUGUGAUCUCGGCCCUGGCAGAGGGAACUGUAAGUAAUCCUGGCUGGGGGUGCCUGCUAAGGAAGGCAGGAGCCUCCCCUGAAAUNCCUUGUGAUAACACGCCCAUCAUUGAUAACAUCACCCCCGUGGUCGCCAGCAUCUCCACGGAGGAGAAGCAGAAAUACGACGAGGAGAUCGCCAGUCUCUACAGGCAGCUGGAUGAUAAGGUGGGGAUGUUGGAUUCCAUGGGGGAGUGUGGAUUCCAGGUGGAAAUGUUGGAUUCCAGGGCCAAGACCAUCAAGAACACGGUGUCUGUGAACCUGGAGCUGACAGCAGAGGAGUGGAAGAAGAAGUACGAGAAGGAGAAGGACAAAAACAAGAGUUUGAAGAACGUCAUCCAGCACCUGGAGCUGGAGCUGAACAGGUGGAGGAAUGGAUGAUGAAAUCAACCAGCAGAGCCAGUUGGCUGAAAAAUUAAAGCAGCAAAUGUUGGAUCAAGAGGAGCUCUUGGCCUCCACCAGGAGGGAUUAUGAGAAGAUCCAGGAGGAGCUGACCCGGCUGCAGAUCGAGAAUGAGGCGGCCAAGGAUGAGGUGAAGGAGGUGCUCCAAGCCCUGGAGGAGCUGGCCGUCAACUACGACCAGAAAUCCCAGGAGGUGGAGGACAAAACCAGGACCAACGAGCAGCUGGCAGAUGAGCUGGCACAGAAAAGUAGCGCCCUGACGGCCACGCAGAGGGAGCUGGGCCAGCUGCAGGAGCUCAGCAACCACCAGAAGAAGAGAGCCACAGAAAUCCUGAACCUGCUGCUGAAGGACCUGGGCGAGAUCGGGGGAAUCAUCGGCACCAACGACGUCAAAACCUUGGCAGAUGUGAACGGGGUCAUCGAGGAGGAGUUCACCAUGGCCAGGCUGUACAUCAGCAAGAUGAAGUCGGAGGUGAAGUCGCUGGUGAACAGGAGCAAGCAGCUGGAGAGCGCCCAGAUGGACUCCAACAGGAAGAUGAACGCCAGCGAGAGGGAGCUGGCGGCCUGCCAGCUCCUCAUCUCCCAGCACGAGGCCAAGAUCAAAUCCCUGACAGACUACAUGCAGAACAUGGAGCAGAAGAGGAGGCAGCUGGAGGAGUCCCAGGACUCCCUCAACGAGGAGCUGGCCAAGUUACGCGCUCAAGAAAAAAUGCACGAAGUCAGCUUCAAGGACAAGGAGAAGGAGCACCUGACACGACUCCAGGAUGCAGAGGAGAUGAAGAAGGCGCUGGAGCAGCAGAUGGAGAGCCACAGGGAAGCCCACCAGAAGCAGCUGUCCAGGCUGAGGGAUGAGAUCGAAGAGAAGCAGAAAAUAAUCGAUGAAAUCAGGGACAUGAACCAGAAGCUGCAGCUGGAACAGGAGAAGCUGAGUGCUGAUUAUGAUAAAUUAAAAAUUGAGGACCAGGAAAGAGAAAUGAAACUGGAAAAGCUCAUACUCCUUAAUGAUAAAAGGGAACAAGCAAGAGAAGACCUUAAAGGGCUGGAGGAAACAGUGGCAAGGGAGCUUCAGACUCUUCACAAUCUGCGCAAGCUGUUUGUCCAGGAUCUUACCACCCGUGUUAAAAAAAGUGUUGAACUGGAUAGUGAUGAUGGAGGUGGAAGCGUUGCGCAGAAGCAGAAAAUUUCCUUUCUUGAGAACAACCUGGAACAACUUACAAAGGUUCACAAACAGCUGGUACGUGAUAAUGCAGAUCUUCGUUGCGAGCUUCCUAAGCUGGAGAAACGCCUUCGAGCUACGGCAGAGAGAGUUAAGGCCCUGGAGAGUGCACUGAAGGAGGCCAAGGAGAACGCCAUGCGCGACCGCAAGCGCUACCAGCAGGAGGUGGAUCGCAUUAAGGAGGCCGUGAGAGCCAAAAACAUGGCCCGGAGAGCACACUCUGCCCAAAUUGCCAAGCCCAUCCGCCCUGGUCACUACCCAGCGUCUUCUCCGACGGCCGUCCACACCAUCCGAGGGGGAGGCAUGUCCAACUCCAGCUACUACCACAACACCAAAUAAACGAGAGGUCAGUUCCACUUAGCAUGUUAAGGACUGUCAUUAAGUCACAUUAGUUUCUUUUUUGCCCCUCUCCGACCCGGCCCACGUCCUGUCCAUCGUGCGCUCCCCACGGCGACGCCCCGCUGCAGGUACUCCGAGCUUCGUAGGAUCUCCACGUGUGCAGAAGUGUCCAGCUCAGCUCCUCCAGAUCCCUGUCUGGAACAUCCCCACCUCAGCAAGGAUGAGAGGGAGUCUGCCACUCCGAAUUCCACGACCCCUUGGGCGCUGCUUAGGUUGGGGCUUCUCCACUCAGAGCGAUGAUUUUUUAAUUUUUCUUUCCUCCGAGUCCUCCCGUUGGCAUCGGUAAUUCCCGACUUCUGGCAUCAAGGAAUUAAUUAUUCAAUGACCAAGUGCCAUCAAAGGCAGGUGAUUGUGCUCUGUCAUGACUGAUUUCCUGUAUAAUAUACAUAUUGUUUUAUAUUUUUAGGGGAUGAAAAUGUGCUGCUAUGUGGUUUAAUUUUACUGCUUAACAUUUUCAGAAGGAAAUUUCCCCAAAGAACCAUUUGUAAUAUCCUGAUUUAAAGGAAAAAAAAAAAAAAAAUCUUUGGACUGUAUAAAAUAACCUUUAUUGCAGUACCUGGUAAAGAACAAACGGGAUGCAGAGAAAUCUGUUAGUAUAGACGUAGGAUUUGAAGUUUGGUAGUUCCAUGAAUUUAUCUGUGUGACCUGUUUGGAAAUUAAGCUCCUAUUCCCUUGUAGUUCUCCCUACAGUGGUGGGUUUUCCUGGAGUGGCAUGGCUCAGCCACGUGUUUGUAAGAGUUGCUCCCUAGGAAUUUUUGAAGGAUUUCAGAAUGCUGUGGAAAUCUUGCCUUGGAAAAGCUGACGAGCAUCUCCCCCCUCCCUCCCUCCCCCUUUCCCCAGACAAGCCCUGAUCUGUUCUCACCGGAAUUCAGAUCCCGGAGGGUACAGUCCCCUACCAGAACAAAGGAAAAUAAAAUCCCCCAAACCCUUCCUUAAAAAAAAAAUCCUAAAGGAGGUGAGAGUUGUACACUCCAGCAGAACAAAUCUGGGAAUUUUUUUGCUGGGAUGUGAGGAGCACAUUUCCACGGGAAGGGAAUGUCUUUUUAAUCCGCUGCAUCCUCUCAUCCUGUGCAAGGUCCAGAGGGAAGGAAAAGCAAAUUUCCAUCUUCCCAGCAAGGGGGCACUGGAAUUGCUCUGGGAAGGUUCUGCUGGCAGGCAGAAGGUGCUGCUCCUCCUCCUCCUCCUCCUCCUCCUCUUCCUCAUCUCCUGGGGCAGGUGGGACUCCAGGAAGCCGGGAUUCCAGGAAGCUGGAAUUCCAGGAAGGCUCCAGCCGAGCGUAGCCCUCUGGUCUUCUUUUGCAGACGUUUGCUCUUCUUUCAUUUGAGAUUGAUUGGGAUUUUUUUUUUUUUUUUAAAUUUCUGAACGUGUAGGUGUAGAACUCUUCAGUUCCGUAGAGCGUUUUGGAAGAUUGUGAGUUGACUUUAGAUAUUUUUUUCUACUGAAAUUAGGGUGUUGCAAAGUAAGUUGAACUUAAUUUAACUGUUUUUUGGGUUUUGUUUGUUUUUUUUUUUUUUAAUGUUGCACUAUUUUGGGGAAGCAUUUUGCUAAACAUAUUUAAUGAAGUUGCAGAUUUGCAUGUAUUUAAUUUAUUUUGUAUUUUCCAAAGUUUUAUAUUUUCUUUCGUUACGUGCAUGUGCACUGCCAGAAGAAUGAACUGUGAACUUGCCAUAUGCAAUCUUUAAUAAAAUCACUAACUCAGAACUACUCUGUGCUAUCUUA